AUGUUCAAUGGGGUUGAGGUCAGGGCUCUGUGCAGUGGUCUAGUUGUCAUAUUAGAGGGAAAGUUGGUUGAUGUUUCACGCCAUGUUAUUACUGACAUCAACAAAGGUAAACUGACAUUAUGGAUUUCAUAUAUCAAAAGCAGUCAAAUCCACCAUAGGAAAUGUGAUGCUAAAGGAAUGGAAAUAGAACCAAACUUCAGUGAUACCAAAAAGGUCAACACAGGUAACCUCAUCAUCAUUCAAUAUCUUAUUGGUACACUUUACACUGAGAGGAGUGGAGGAGAGAUUGACCGCCUCACUGAGGUCCAGCUGGAAAACCUAGUGACCAAGGAGGAUCUGGUGAAUGUGACAGAGAAAAACUGUCCCAGUGGGACCUACACUUUUUGGCACCCAGAGGGAGAGAGAGACAAGAUCGAACUAGAAACAGGCCAGGACAUUCGACUGAAAACCAAAGGCAAUGGUCAAUUCACAUCAAAAAAAUUUUCCUUGGCCAAAGUCGAUGGAGGCACAGUGACCAAGUGCAAUUUUGCAGGCGACGAAAAGGCGGGAGCAUCGAGGACAGACAAAAUAAUGGACAACAAAUCAGAUGUCAGCAAUGAAGUUGGAGGGACAGGGCGUGGGAGCAGAUGA